CUCUGCUCAUGCUUUGUAUGUCGUCUGCUCCGUCAGAAAAUCCCAAUUGCCGUUUGUCAGAAAUUGUCAAAAAAACAGUUCUUUUUUUCACUUAAAUUUAGUCAAUAUUACAAUUCUUCGAGAUGAAUAUACGAUGUGCUAGGCCGGAAGACUUGAUGAACAUGCAGCAUUGUAAUCUCCUUUGCUUGCCAGAAAAUUAUCAAAUGAAAUACUUUUUCUAUCAUGGUCUCUCCUGGCCUCAACUAAGCUAUGUUGCUGAAAAUGAAAAGGGACAUAUUGUUGGGUAUGUCUUGGCUAAAAUGGAAGAAGAUAGUGAGGAUGAACCUCAUGGCCACAUCACAUCACUUGCUGUGAAACGAUCCCACAGACGGCUAGGGUUAGCCCAAAAGCUAAUGGACCAGGCAUCCAGGUCGAUGAUUGAGUGUUUCAAUGCAAAGUAUGUCUCUCUUCAUGUCAGAAAGAGCAACAGAGCAGCACUCAAUCUCUAUACCAAUACCCUGAAGUUUUCGAUUUCUGAAAUCGAGCCAAAGUACUACGCCGACGGAGAAGACGCUUAUGCCAUGAAGCGUGAUUUGGUAUCGUUUUCCCAGCAACACGAUACACUUCCGGCCGACCCUUCAACAUUCUACGAGACGAAAACGCCCGAAGAACGCAAACGUCUCGCCGCCAUUGCCCAGGAGAACAGGAACAUGGAAGAAUGAUUUGCGCGGUGACGAAAGAUUCAGAAAUUUCAGUUGACGGUUGAGUUGUUAAGAAAACAUAAAAAUGGAGCGUGAAUACAAAUCACGCAGCAUCCCUUGCAAAAA